UGUCUCAACAUUUUUGGGUGUUAUUGUAUGAACAAUAUCAAAUAAUAUCAGUUGUAUAUGUAUCUGUAUAUGCUUCUAAGUUCCAACCAUUAGAUGUUCUGGGAUUGUCAAGCUUUGCUCCUCCCAACGCUCAUGCCCUGAGUUUUGGCCGUGCACAUUUCUGUAACAUGGCAUCCUCUUCUGCACCUGCUUCUGCUUCUACUGACAUCCCCUCUAAAGAGAAGUAUGAUGUGUUUCUCAGCUUCAGAGGUCCUGAUACCCGCGAGACUUUUAUCAGCCAUCUAAAGAAAGCCUUGGAUGAUAAGAAGAUAGAGACCUUCAUAGAUGACAAUCUUGAGCGGGGAGAAGAAAUCGCACCUGCCCUACUAAAAGCAAUUGAGAGAUCAAUGAUUUCUGUGAUCAUUUUCUCAAAAAACUAUGCUUCCUCUCGAUGGUGUUUGGAUGAACUUGUGCAUAUACUGGAAUGCAGGGAAAAGUGUGGAAAGCAUGUGCUCCCCAUCUUUUAUAAAACAGUUGUAUCAGAUAUACGACACCAGAGGCGAAGUUAUAGGCUUGAAAAACGUUUCAAGGAUAGAACUGAGUCUGAGCUUCUCAAGUGGAAGGUUGCUUUGACAAACGCAGCUAAUCUAUCGGGGUUUGAAUCAAAUAAAACCAGGAAUGAUUCUGAUUUGAUUCAAGAAGUUGUUCACUUAAUUGUGAAAAAAUUGGGUUAUGAAUCAUCGAGAUCUGAAUUAAGUGGCUUUGUUGGAGUUAAAAGUCGGGUUCUGGAAAUUGAAUCCCUACUAAGUAUUAUUCCUGGAGAUGAUCGUGUUCGUUUCGUAGUUAUUUGGGGUAUGGGAGGUAUUGGGAAGACCACCCUUGCUGAUGCUGCAUUUCACCGUCUCUCUGGACAAUUUGAUGCUUGUUGUUUUCUAGGAGAUGUCAGAGAAGGUUCUGGGACGCGAAAAGAACUAAAAGAUUUGCGAAACAAACUUCUUGGUACAUUAUUAGGGGACAAAAGUCUAGAUAUCCAGGGUGAAAGUAUAGACCACGUUACUAGAGUAAAACUUGGCCGUAAAAAAGUCCUCGUUGUUCUUGAUGAUGUGAAUGAUUCGAGGCAGCUGGAACUUUUAGUUGGACAUCAUCAUGUUCCGUUUGGCUCAGGGAGUAGAAUCAUAAUAACAACUAGAGAUAAAAAACAACUUGAUGAAGUGAUUCUAGGAGGUAACCAUGAUACUGUGAUUUACAAGGUCAAGGAAUUAGAUGAUGUUGAAGCUCAUCAGCUCCUCCGAUUGAAGGCCCCUAAAGAUAUCGCUUUUACAACAUCUUCUACUGAAGUUUUAAUAAAAGUGGUCAUGUAUGCUGCGGGAGUACCAUUAGCCCUUCGAACUUUGCGUCCUUUAUUCUACAAAGGUGCACUAAAUGAAAUGGAAAAGAUUUCCAGUGAAAAAUUGAGGAGUGUGUACCAAGUGAGUUAUGAUCUAUUAACAGAUGAUGAGAAGAACAUAUUUCUUGAUGUAGCAUGUUUUCAUAAAGGAACGCAAAUAGAAGAUGCUAAAGGACAUAUGAAUGGCUGUUGUUUAAAUGUGAGUAGUGGAAUCAGUGCUCUUGUUGAAAUGUCUCUCAUAGAACUAAGAAACGGCAAGCUAUGGAUGCACGAUGUGAUACAAGAAAUGGGUCGUGAUAUUGUCCAGAAACAAUGUCUCGAAGAAGCGGGAAAACGCAGUAGGUUGUAUACUGUGGAGGAUGUUUACCAUGUAUUGCAGAAUAUUACAGGAACUGCCAAAGUUCAGGCCAUGUGCACAUGGGAGUCUAAUUUCAACUUCAGAUCUGCAGAGGGAGAGCUAAAUUUGAAUCCUCAAGUCUUUAAAGAAAUGUAUAAUCUAAGAUACCUAGACCUGUUCGGUCUACAAUAUACAUUGGGAAGUGAUUGCAAACUUCCUAAAGGUCUUGAGUUUCUUCCCAAGAAACUUAGAUAUCUCUCUUGGCCGGGUUUCCCUUUAACAUCUUUGCCGCCAUCAAAAUUUUCUGCCUGUUUUCUUGUUGAGCUUUACCUGCCCAGAAGCCAUCUCCAGACACUCGGGGAUAAAGAUCAGAACCUUGAGCACCUAAAAAAGAUCGAUCUUAGCAACUCAAGGGAUCUUGUUGAAGUUCGAUGCCUCACAAAGUCGAAGUGUCUCGAGUGUCUAACUCUUGCUGGAUGUGUGAGUUUGGUUCAAGUUCCAAAUAUCUCAGAGAGUCUAAAUAUUGUGAGUAUAAACCUCCAAGGGUGUAAGAAGUUGGUUGAAGUUCCUUCAUAUUUUGAAAAGCUUCACAAGCUUACUGUUUUGAAUCUGAGGAAGUGCCUGCUUCUAGAAAGUAUACCAGAGAUGCCAAGCAAUAUAGAAUUCUUACUCUUGGGUUCAUUUUGUUAUUCUGAUCGGGGAAAGAUGAAGUUCUCUGGAUUGCCUUCAUCAAUUUGGUCUCUUAAGAAACUUGUUGAAUUGGAUCUCGAUAGCUGUAACCACAUUCAGAAUCUUCCAGACAGAAUUCGGAUGAUGAAAUCCCUCACAUCAAUUGAUUUGUCUCGAACGAGUAUAAAAUGCCUUCCCUCAUCAAUCGAGUGUCUCUCUAGGAUUGCUUCAAUUAAUCUGGUUGGUUGCAGUGAUCUUGUGAGUCUUUCAACCAGCAUUUGGAAGUUGGAAUUUCUUGAGGCACUCAAUCUAUCUGGUUGUACUUCAUUCGAAUUCUUCCCAGAAAUUUUAGAGCCUAUGGAAUGCUUGAAGACUCUCCGACUAAGUGAAACGAAGAUUGAAGAAAUACACGACUCAAUUGAAAACUUGGUUGGGCUUGAAGAAUUAGACCUAUCCAGUUGCAAACGUCUCAAAUCUGUCUCAAACAAUAUCUGCAAAUUAAUAUUUCUCCAGGAUUUCAGAAUUGCGUGUUGCCCUGAACUAAAGAAGCUGCCUAUCUUGUCCACGGAGACGUCGUCUUGGCUAUCGAGAUUAGACCUCAGUUGGUGCACCAGUUUGGAAGAAAUCCCUGAUGCUUUCUUGAUUUGCUUAACCUCACUGAAAGAAUUAGAUCUUAGUGGAACAAGGAUUAAGAGUAUACCUACAAGUAUCAAAGAACUUACCAGAUUAACAGACCUAUACGUAUGGAAUUGCAAGUACUUAGAGUCUCUCCCAGAGCUCCCAUAUUUUCUAAAAUAUUUGAAUGCUAAUGGUUGUACGAAUCUGGAGAUGGUGUCAUUCUCAAUGACUGCAGCUGCACAAGGUCUGGAUCAAAUAUGCGUCGAUGAAUAUUAUUUUGUACGUGAAGAGAAAUAUUCGUUUCGUAGUUGCCCAAAAUUGAGUGAAACCGCAAAAGGCAAAAUGUUGGAUAAUGCACAGCUAAGAAUCAUGCGAAUGGCAAAUCUACUUCCCAGACGUGAACAAAUAUAUCCGGGUUUUAUCUAUCUAGGGACUAGGGAUCAUUCCAUUGCUAUUGUCUAUCCCGGAAAUGAAAUUCCAGAGUGGUUCAUGUAUCAAGCAGAGGGAUCUUCAAUAAAUAUCAAGCUGCCUGAGCAUCCUUCUUAUACAAAUACAAACUUCUGGCAACUCAUUCUGUGCGCUGUUCUUACAAUCGACAAAGAUGAACAUGAAGAUGAGGACGAAUUAGAAGACGACUCAUCGGGUCUAUACCUUGAAAGUGGUGAUUCCAAUUUCUGCUGUAACUCCAACUUCACAACCGACAAUGGUGACUGCUCUGAGCUCAAUUUUCUUCUACCCUCGUCCAGUGCUGACGAGGAUAUUCGUUUGGACCUAGGUCAACGCGACAAGUCUCUGGUGUUUGUAUGGUAUUCCCCACACUGGUCCACUCAUAUUUGCAAUGCCAGCGAUGCCUGGUUCGAGUUUUACAUAAAACAAAAUCCUUACUUGAAGCAACUUUGUUUUUUCCCACAUAAUCAUGAUCUCAUUAAGGUGAAAAGGUGUGGGGUGCGCCUGCUGUCUUCCCAAGGUCAAGAUGUGAUAUUGGGAGGGGUCGAUCAAGAUGUUGGAGAACCAAAACCAGAGCAGGUUACGUUAUCAAAGAGGAGCUGCGAUCAGUAUGAAGCUAGCGGAAGCGCCACAGUUACUCUCUUGGAUUUGGAGAACCGAAACUAG